UAGUGAUAUUUAGGGAAACGUAAUAUAGCAAGGACGGUCAGUCGGGAUGCCACGCAUUUCAAUGUCGGUUUAAGUUGUGUGUUUUGUUUUGGGAUUGGCACCGGCAAUUUUCAUAUUUUCUCAGGAUUUUCAGCAUUAUGGACACGUCAGGAGGACAAUCAAAGAUGAAGCUAAAUCUGGAAAAGCAAGAGCAUCUCGUAAAGUUGGCCAUUCUAACGAUAGCAGCGAUUUUGUCUUUUGCCACACGGCUGUUUUCUGUGCUUCGAUUUGAGAGCAUCAUCCACGAAUUUGAUCCAUACUUCAACUAUCGCACAACACGCUUCCUAGCUGAGCAAGGGUUCUACAGUUUUCACAAUUGGUUCGAUGAUCGGGCAUGGUAUCCGCUGGGAAGAAUUAUCGGAGGAACCAUCUAUCCUGGUUUAAUGAUAACAUCAGCUUUCCUCUAUAGGAUAAUGUGGCUCCUUAAUAUUACCAUUGAUAUUCGCAACGUUUGCGUCUUCUUAGCACCUUUCUUUUCGUCUCUCACCACCAUUGUCACCUAUUUACUGACCAAAGAAAUUCAUAGUACGGGAGCAGGGCUUGUGGCUGCUGCAAUGAUUUCCAUUGUACCCGGAUAUAUUUCUCGUUCUGUAGCUGGAUCAUACGAUAAUGAAGGCAUUGCAAUCUUUUGCAUGCUCCUUACGUACUACAUGUGGAUCAAAGCUGUGAAAACUGGUGCAAUUUUUUGGAGUACUCUCGCUGCUCUUGCCUACUUCUACAUGGUAUCCUCCUGGGGUGGUUACGUCUUCCUCAUUAACCUCAUCCCCCUGCACGUGCUUGCCCUCAUGAUUACCGGACGUUUUUCACAUCGCAUCUACAUUGCAUACAGCAUUGUUUAUUGCGUUGGAACCAUCCUCUCCAUGCAGGUUUCCUUUGUUGGUUUUCAACCUGUUCAAAGUUCCGAGCAUAUGCUGGCACUUGGUGUCUUUGGACUCUGCCAAAUUCAUGCUUGUGUGGACUUUUUGCGUUCCAAAAUGUCCCAUGAACACUUCGAUAUACUCUUCAAAGCUCUCCUUGGCUUCCUCCUUGGCGCUUCCCUAUUUGUUGGUAUAAUACUCUCCAUCACGGGAAAAGUUUCACCAUGGACUGGACGGUUUUACUCUCUUCUCGAUCCGAGCUAUGCUAAGAAUCACAUUCCAAUUAUUGCAUCUGUGUCUGAGCAUCAACCCACAUCAUGGGCCUCCUUCUACUUUGACCUACAAAUUUUGGUCUUUCUCUUCCCUGCUGGACUCUAUUUGUGCUUCACAAAGCUCACUGAUGCCAACAUCUUCAUUAUCCUCUACGGAGUCACAAGCAUAUACUUUGCUGGAGUUAUGGUGCGUCUCAUGUUGGUUCUUGCACCAGUAAUGUGCGUUCUCUCGGGUAUUACAGUAUCACACCUGAUGGCCAAGUACAUCAGGAGUGUCGAUAGUACGCAGACAAAGGUUCAAGAUCCAAAAAAGGCGAAAAAAUUCGAACAACAAUCAACGGUUUCCAGUGAAACUGCUAUUGCAUUUGUAUUUGUCCUGUCUUUCCUGCUCAUCACCUACACGUUCCAUUGUACAUGGGUGACAUCGGAAGCAUACUCAUCCCCCAGCAUUGUUCUUGGGGCUCGUUCACAUGACGGAGGACGCAUAAUUUUCGAUGAUUUCCGAGAAGCUUACUACUGGCUGCAGAUGAAUACUCCCGAGGAUGCAAAAAUAAUGUCAUGGUGGGAUUAUGGAUACCAAAUAACAGCAAUGGCUAACAGGACGAUACUCGUGGAUAACAAUACGUGGAAUAAUACCCACAUCUCACGAGUCGGUCAGGCAAUGGCAUCCACAGAGGAGAAGGCGUAUGAAAUUAUGCGAGAACUGGAUGUAUCUUACGUAUUGGUCAUCUUUGGUGGUCUCACGGGCUACUCAUCGGAUGAUAUUAACAUUGUGGACAAGGAAGGCUCUCCGACGCUCCUCAAUUGCCUCAUGUACAAAAUGUGUUACUAUCGCUUUGGGCAAGUUUACACCGAGGGUGGCAAACCACCGGGCUACGAUCGGGUUCGAAGUGCAGAAAUUGGGAACAAGGACUUUGAAUUGGAUGUCCUAGAGGAGGCCUAUACCACGGAACAUUGGCUGGUGCGGAUAUACAAAGUGAAGGAUCUACGGAAUCGUGGUGUGUGAAGCAAAUACCCAAUGAGGUUCCCUUGAUUGAGCACAUCACAAAAAAAGCAUUUCUUCAAACCCAGUGCAUUGAAAGUAACGAAUUACAAUGGCAAAUAAAAGUCCAGUCUUUGGUAAA